GGCGGCUGGGAGAGCUAGACCCGCAAGGCGAGGGCGAGGGCUGUUGGGCUGGCGGCGGAGUGGUCCCUGCUUUGUGGAGAGUGGAGGUUGCCAUGAGAGCGCUGCGUAGACGACGGUGGGGGCAUGCGUUCACUCCGGCCGGCCGAAUCGCCUAUUAAGCGCCGGCUCUAGGCUUGGGGAGGAGACCGCGAAAGCCUGUGGAGCCGCCUCUCCGAGAAGUAGGGCUGGCUGGGGCCGCCGCGGGUGGGGCGAGGGGCUGACAGCUGGGCGGGCCAAGCAGGUGAAAAGGCCAGUCCAGGGAUGAGUGAGGAGGAGGUGCAGAACCUGGGCGGGAGCAGAGGAAGUCAUGCCUCAGAAGCAAACAAAAGGACUCGGGGAGAUCGGGUGUCCACCUAUGGAGUUAUUGCCGAGCAUCUUUUGAACCAGAGCGACGAGGCGUGCGGGCAGCAGCAGCAGGCACCUGGGCCCCAGCCUUGCCGCCUCGUUACGAUGACCAGCGUGGUUAAGACAGUGUACACCCUGCAACCCUCCUGUGUGCUGAGCAGCGGCCUGCCCGCAGAUGCACAAACUCGAGCCACUUUUAAGAGCCAGUUACCUGUUAAGUCCAAAGAAGUUGAUGUUUCCAGACCUCAUUCGGGAGCUUCAGAGAAUGAUGUUACAAAAAUCAUCAAACCGAGACGAGAAAAUGGGCAGGUGAAGGCUACAGAUACCUCCAGAAGGAACCUGAGGAAGAGCUACAAACCAUUGAGUAAACAGAAAUCAGAAGAAGAGCUCAAGGAUAAGAACCAGCUCUUAGAGGCUGUCAACAAGCAGUUGCACCAGAAAUUGAUUGAAACUCAGGGAGAGCUGAAGGACCUGACUCAAAAAGUAGAGUUGCUGGAGAAGUUUCAGGACAACUGUUUGGCAAUUUUAGAAAGCAAAGGCCUCACCCCAGGCAGUGAGACCCUGGCAUCACAGCAGGACUCGACCGAAGAUCACAUGGACUCCAUGCUGCUGUUACAAACUUUGCAAGAUGAACUGAAGCUUUUUAACGAAACAGCCAAAAAGCAGAUGGAAGAGUUACAGGCCUUAAAGGUAAAGUUGAAGAUGAAAGAAGAGAGAGCCCAGUUCCUUGAACAACAGACCUUAUGUAGCAGUCAAGUAAAUGAUUUCACAACAGCCCUUGAGGAAAUGGAACAGCUAUUAGAAAUAUGAUAAAAAGCAGGUGGCCACAUGGCUCUCUCUUGGGGAUAGACUCUCAGAGGAAGCUACUUAGGACAUCUGCUUCUUGGCCAUGAUCUUCUAGGACUCACCAUCCCCAGAAUAAAAACAGUUUCUGCAGUAGGAUUAAAGACAAUUGAUGUUGGAAUGGCAAUUCCUCCCUUAAGCAAGCAUUCGUUCCCAGCCUUCAGAUUGUCCAGCUCUCCUGAACCUCACAGUUCAUAAUUAGGGCCUACAGGAGAGGGGGCCUGAAAGCUUGGAUCAGCCUCCUAGGAUCAAAAAGCAGCACAUCAUUAGCAUCAGGAGACUCUAAACCAGCCACAACCAGAGAAGCCAGAAGAUGUGCAGAAAGAAACAGUGAAGCAUACAUGCUCUGUGGGAGACAUCACUGAGGAGUCACAUCCCUUCCUAACUUGGAACACAUUCUGUCCCAUCCUGGCUGGGCUCUGUAACCUCACUGUAAAUUUAUGAACUGAAAGUUACUUGAAAUGGCUUCAUAAUGGGGUGAAGGUAUAGAUAGCAAUAAGACGUAUGAAACAAUACAACUUGGAGCUUUUAAUCUAAAAAAAAAAAAAAUUUUGAGCAGAUGGCGUGAAAUAGUAUAGAUCUUGUAUACUUACUUGAGCCACUUUUUUUUAUUACAUUAUAAAAAGUGCAUGUUACCUUAGAAAAGUUAAUCUAUUUGCUGUUUUACUCUUUUGCAAAAACAUUUGCUGUAAUGAAGGAAUUUGUUUUUUCCAAAAUGUACAAAAUGCAUUUUAUAAUAUUUACUGCUUUAUUCCUAAUUCUGCUUUAAAGUAUUGAACUGGGCAUAAGACAUUAAAAUAUUAAUCCAGAACUGUAUAAACUGGAUGUUGCUUAAAAUCUGUAUUACUACCAUGUUAGAAAUCCGGAUUGCUUUUGUGAUGUUUCAAAUUAAAAAAAAAUAAUCCUCCUCAUCUAUCU